UUACUGCAACCAAAAGGGCAUUUCCCACAUGAACUCCACCCUCCCCGAGAACAAGUCCUAGCACCUGAUAAGCAAUAGACUUUCUUGGUCGAGAGGGGUGAUGACACGAAAAUACACGUGAUGCGAAGCUUAUAGAGGCCUCACAUCGUAUAUGAGGUGAUUCGUGCCCUUGUUUUGUGAAGGUUCUUGUUCUGUUUCAGCUUUCUUUUAGCCAGGAUGGUCGUAAUGUUUAGUCUCUAUGCAGUGUUCGCCUUGUUGGUCGGAUUUGCUCUCGCCAUUAGUGAUGAACUGGCUGCAGAACUUGGUUACCCUGCUGGAGUGGAUGUAUGGUGCGGAAAGGCGUACAGAGCAACCAACGCUUCUUUCGAGCCUGGAGGAUGGCUGGAAGCACCGACACUUUCAAGUACACCUCUCAUGGACCUUUCCAUCCGCCCACGCACAAAUUUGUAUUUGGCCAGUGAGAAGUACGCAUCCUUCCUAAUAGAUGCGCCAAUUUCCUACAUGCACGGAUCAGCAUACACAAAUGCAUCGUUCAACAAGGAGACAAACAUCACGAGUGCCUUUACAGACCUGUUCAUCGAUAUCUCAGUCGUAGAAUCAGGACUCGACUUGAUCUCAGGCUCGAAUGUCACAGUCAACACCACCAACAACGAGCUAGGAUUCUCCUUGUCCGGACUCACAGCUAGGUUCGAACCUUACGAGAUUGUCAUCACAGGAGCAUCUGGGGAUGGAGCUCAGUUCUAUACUUCGACCACACAACUGUACUACAUCCCAGAGCGAACAGAUGGAGGAAGUGUCACGAAGGUUGAUAACUUGUAUGGUGGCUUGCUUGUCCAAGAUUACCUCACGAAUUCGACAGCCUGGACUCCUCUCUUUCCAUAUACAUACUACACUUCUUGGGACGGAUGGCUUGAGUUGAGCACAGACAAUAUCAAGAUCUUUAAGGACUACGGAUACAAUAUCAUUCAUAUUGUUCCAAAUGAAGGCCUUGCCAAUGAAGCAUUCAACUUUACCGAGCUCGACACAUUUCUGGAUAUCAUGGACGAGUUAGAAUUGUGGCUAAUGUUUGACAUGAGAUGGACAUACAAGAAUCUCACAUCUGUAGAGAUGCAAGUGAACAGAUUAAAGGCCCGGAAAAGUAUGCUACUUUACUACACAGGCGAUGAGCCAGACGGACAAGUUGACGCACUGAACGCCACCAAAAUAACCUACGACCUCAUCAAAUCUCUCGAUCCCUGGCACCCCGUCUCCCUCUGCCUCAACUGCCACAACUAUUACUUCGCAAAUUAUACCUCCGGAGCUGACAUUAUCAUGACCGACCCAUACCCCAUCGCUGUCAACACUUCCUUCUCCGUACAAUACGACACAGUCUGCAACACCACCUACGGUUGCUGUGGCUGUGACGACUGCUCAGGCGAUUUCGAAGAUGUAUCCGAACGUCUCGAUUUGAUCAAACUGUAUCAAGAAUAUCUCGGACUGCCACAGAAGCCACAAUGGGGUGUUCCGCAAGCGUUUGGAAAUGAAACUUUCUGGGCCCGAUAUCCGACUGAGCAAGAGGAGAUUGUUAUGAACAUGUUAUUCGUGAACCAUGGUGCGAAAGGGAUUGCGAUGUGGGAUUUUCCUACCGAGCCGGGAAUCGCGAAUAUCACUGGUCAGCUAUCGAAAGUUUUGACCUCAAGUGCGAUCUCGAGUUUCUUGUUGGGCAGCUUUGAGCAAGCGAUGGAUGUUAGUGGGUUGCAGAGGGUGGAUGCUGCGAGUUGGACGGUGGGGAACAAUACGUUGGUGAGUGUUGUGAGUAAGAACUACGUGGGUACUGCGGCGAAUAUCAGUAUCGCGCUGCCCACUCCAGCGAGCGGAGUGAGUCAGGUCCUUUGGGGCAGCGGAUGGACCGUCAGUGGUAAUACCUUGACGAAGGUUGGGAUGGAUGCUCUCGAGGUAGACAUAUUUGUUAUAUCUUGACCGUAGCACAAAUC